UGUGAGAGUCAGUUCAGUUCUUCACAACAACAAAGUGAAGCCAGGUUCUGGUCAGAGAUGGUUCUGAGGUAGGUUUCAUUACUGAACCUGGAUGAUGGACCAGAAACACCAGAUGCAGCUCAGAUGGUCUGGUGGUUUUAGUUACAGAUCCCAGAGCUCUCUGUGUUCCUGCAAAUAAAACACAUCCAAAAGUUCUACCACAAGUCAUCUUUGGAGAACUCCGUGGAACCAGGAUGAAACAGGACAGCAAAGUCAGCUGGACAGGUCUGCAGAAUCAUGGCUUGGAGCUGGAGAUGACAGAAACAACCAACACAACCCAGAAAUGUGGAUCUAAAGCUCAGCGGACUCCUCCAGAGACCAGAUCCCCUGGGUUCAUGGCUGCACCUCACUGGGCAUCUUACUCACAACGCCGCUGGAGGCAAAGCAGAAGAAACUUACUUGGAGUCCAUCUGGAGGCUAGGUACAGCGGCCUGGCUGAGGCUGAGCAGGACCAGAGGGAUGAAACGGACACCAAAAACAUCAGCCAGCAACUCAAUGAAAAACUCCUGGGUCACUUCAGAGAGCUGGCAGCUAACAACCAGGAGACCGACCAGGUGGAUUUUCAGUUCCUGGACCAUGUGAUCGCAGAUGGAGCUGAUCCAAACAGCUCGGACAGAUUUGGUCAAACUGUCCUGCAUGAGAUAUCCAGGGCUUGGAGUGUGGAUGUGAUGAAAUUCUUUCUGGACCGGGGCGCAGACCACCUUCGCUCAGACCAGUUUGGAGUUACUCCUCUUCAUGUGGCCUCUGCGCUCGACUAUGAGGAUAUGGUCUGUUUCUUGCUGGACCAAAAAGCUGAUCUAGGGGCUUGCACCAUCCUGGACCAGCAGACUCCUCUCCACUAUGCUGCAAAGAAUGAUGCCGUUGGAUCCAUCAGACUCCUGCUCCAGGCUGGAGCCUGCAUCACCUGCACCGACUACAAAAACAGAACACCUCUUCAUCUUGCCGCCAACAUGGAGCGAGGUGAAGCAGCUCGUGUCCUGUUGGAGCUCGGGGCAGACGCAAGGGGGAAGGACUCUGAUGGACAGCUUUGUAUAACCGCUCUGAUUGGUCGAAUGAGUCAUGUGGCUCAACUGGCACUUGGUCAGUUCCACGUGACGGACAAGAUGACCAGGCAACAGUACUUUUACCUGAACCUGCUGGAACCAGAACUACACUCAGCCGAAGACAGUCUGCAAGAAGCUGGAAUGACAGAACUCACCUCUCCACUGCAGGUCGUCGUUCAGGAGGGAAAACUGGACCUCAUCAUGAAUCCUGUCUUUCUCAAACUAAUCCAAGUCAAAUGGAAACUCUAUGGCAGGUUUGGUGCAUGGCUUCUACUUGUCCUCAACUUCCUGCUAAAUGUUUCUUGGACAACCGUCUCCAUCUCUGUGUCUGUCAACCGACAGUCUCCUGACCGCUAUGUCUUUCCCCAGGACUGGUGGCGUGUUGUCCUGGUGGUCCUGGCACUCCUGCUCACCUUGGGUGAGGUGUGGAGGGAGGUGCAGGAUAUCCUUCAUUCAAAGAAGAAGUUCCACUUGAGGCAGCAGUGGAUGGAACGUCGUCUCCAAGAGGACCUGAAGUGCUCACAUCCUAUGUGGCCUCAGGAGAGACGUUUUCUUCUGGAUGAGACUAAACGGAUUCACAAGAUGAGGGGAAGCUAUAGCCAAGAUCUGUGGAACAUCUUUGAUUGGCUGGUUUACUCCCUGCUGAUUGCUUCCUUCAGCGUCCAUGUGACCGAUGUGCUCCAGCCGUCUGCUUCUUUGCACACGCUCAGUCUGCGGCUGUUUUCCAUCUCCAUCAUCCUGCUGUGGUUGCGACUCAUGAAACACGUCAGAGCCUUUAGGCUGAUGGGGCCAUUUAUUGUCAUGUUGGGGAACAUUGUUGAGGAUGUGAUGCGUUUCCUGUUCCUGUAUGCUGAGAUCUUCAUCCCCUAUGCCUGCAGCUUUUGGAUCAUGUUUGGAGGUUUGUCCACAGUUCCCAGCAUGCAGUCUGUCUCAGGCCUUCUCUACAGCCUGUACCGGAUCACUCUGGUAGAUGAAUAUGAGUAUGCUGCCAUGGUAGCAGUAGAUGGUGUCAUGGCUCCUCUGCUGUGUGGGACGUUUCUGGCUGCAUCCUCCAUCUUAUGUGUCAACCUGCUGAUUGCAUUGCUUACUGACACCUUCCAAAGGGUACAUGAUAACUCAAAGGCUAAUGCGAUGAUGCAGCAGGCAGCCGUCAUCCUGCAGGUGGAGGACUCCAUGCCCCGCCUCCGUUCCUUCUAUGAUGAUCAGUAUAUCUCCAAACACUGCUCCCCAUUGGCUGAUGACUGUGAUAACAUCACAGUAAACCCUAGUUAUCAUCAUGAAAUGGGCCACAUCAAGGCAGAAAUCAAAGAGACUCUGGACCAGUUCCUGGUUCUGCAGAGGAGCAUGGAGGCAGUCAGAGGAUCAAGACUUCAGAAAGAAGAUGAUCAGCAGAGCCAACAGCUUCAGAACCAGGAGCGUCGGAACCAGAAACAGGAGCUCCAGACCCAGAACCAGGAGCUCCAGACCCAGAACCAGGAGCUUCAGAACCAGAACCAGAACCAGGAGCUUCAGAACCAGCAGAAACAGGAGCUCCAGACCCAGAACCAGGAGCUUCAGAACCAGCAGAAACAGGAACUUCAAGCAAUACAAGCAGAGUUGAAAGAGCUCCGGACUCUUGUCCAGCAGCUGCUUCAGAACGGGAAUGAACAGACUAGGUGCAGAGAUCUGCAGGACUUGAACAUUUUCUAAGCUGCUAAUAGAGAAGCUGCUGGUUGAGAAGCAGGUCACUGUUAUAGGGGUUUCACAUCGACCCGCAUUGCCUAUAUUGUUUUCACACCAGAGUGGCCUGGUACUUUUCCUUAUCCUACCGGGGUGGUUUCAGCUCUUAUCUCUCGGUUGGUUCGCUCAGGGCUGGUCCAGGCCAACGACUGUGACUGAUUGGCUGGCUCAAAUACACGCCUACCAUUAGGGAGAGCCUCCAGCUGGCACAUAGAAUCAACCAGCAGGGGCUUCCUGCAUGCAUGAUUCAUUAUCAUUCUGGAUGCUGAGACUAAAGCAGCUCUCUGUCUCCCUCUCGCUGCUGUGAGGAGCACACACACACCCACACACACACACACACACACACACACACACACACACACACACACACACACACAAAACCAUAUUCACCUUUGUUUAAAGGAGACACCACAGACUUUUCCUCACGCCCACGUGCUCCGAGAUUUCCCCGUUCCUGAGAUGUGUGUGUGAACAAACCCUACCGGUGCAGGAGCCGGACAGAUGCCACCCAGCCUGCCCUGGUCCAUGCUGGUCCAGAUGGAAAACUGCCUUUAGCCUUGCAACCCAUGCUAUACGAAUAUAGAUCCAUUACUGCGUGACGUCACAUGCCCACACCCCCACCUCCCUGCUCCAGGCUGGAGGGCACGAAGAUGGCCCCUCCCCGUUGACCACAGUCAUGUUGAUCUGUCAGCUGUCAAUAAACAGAGGUGAACAGCAGUGAAAUAACAUUUAUCCGCAUGGCUAAAGCCAGGCAGACACAGUGCAACUCGUAGCGUUCAGCUUAAGCUCAAACUGUACGACUUCCUCGCAGAACAAAUCUCACGAGUCAUUUGCUCUAACUGUACGACCCAGUUUUUGGAUGCGAGCUGACUGCUCACGCUGUGUGUCUGGUAGCAACACAUCGGGCCUAAAACUAUGUUAAAAGUAGUUUUACCACAACAUGCUGGACUCUUUUUGUGUUGUUAGAUGCCUGUCGUCUUUCGGGAGUGCUGCAGGAGGACAAAGGGAUUUAUGGGGUUGGAGGAGGAAAAUGAAAGAAAUUAAAUCAAAGUUUUAUCAGUUUGAUUUGACAUACCGGUAAACACGCUUUCUUAACAAUCCUUGUCAUUGUGUGCGAAAAAAAAGUAGCCCACGUGUUUUAGUAGGUGUAGAGAUAUCUAUAUGUAAAUUGGGUUAAAUUAUAAUCAAUAAGAUGUGAUGAUUCUAUAUAAAUAUAGAGUAUCAACCUGAUUGAUCUUUGAACGUUUAACCAGAAGAAUUUUAGAUUCUUUGCUUAUUCGGUGACCACAAACACACUUCGUAUUAAUUCAGACAGAGUCAAGUAUAUAAUUAAAAUAACUUUUAUUUUCUAGGCUAACUGUAAACAUGACAAGUUAUGAAACGAUAUGUGAAAUAGAUGAAUAUGUGUGGAUGGAAUGUGGUGUGUGAUUUUUAUCAGAACCUUGUAUCUGAAAGAAACGGAGUUCUGGGUGUAAAUAUUUUGGUCUGCUAUAACUAGAGAGUUGAUUUAUUAAUAAAAAAAAAACAUCAGACGCAAUCCUGCUGUGUCUACGUACCCCUGAGGAGACCCCCGUGGUAGAUCCGGAGGGUCAGGAAGUCCGGUGGACCUCAAGGCACCAAGGUUCGCAGAAUAACCGCAGCACGACCAGUUCCAGUCUAGGGAUGCCUCCUGGUCACAACAACGGGUGGACUUGUUUUGCGUCUCGAACGGUCGGACUCGUAAGGAGUCUUGCUGUGUCAGCUUUGCAGCGUGCAAAAAAGGUUUUGACUGUAUGUCAGAGAGAUGUUUCAAAGAGGCUGGUUCCAGAUUAGCUACUCCGGAGUAUCAGCUGGAAACAAAAUUAACUCGGCUCGAUGAACUUCAACGAACCGAAUAACUCGGGAAGUGAUCUAAGGUUUAUUAUUCCUGUGCUAUGAUUUUAUAGCAGAUCACAACAUGCCAUGUUAAGAGGGUUUUACCAAGCAAACCUCAGAACACUCCUCCUUCAGAUAAAAGAUGCUUUGAUUUGUGGAUAAGAAAACUUUAUGUGCAGUGACGUUAACUUUAGCCUAGUGAUAUGCACGUGUGAAUGAGUGUGUGAACUUGUCACCUCUCGUACAUGACGCUCAGUGCUAAAUUCGCCCCGAUCUCGUAGAUUCUCGCACGAGGGUAAAAUCGUCAUACAGUGUUCGCCUGGCUUAACACACACAGCCCUGUUGGCAGCACAAGUAGACGUAUGAAGGACAGAAAAGUUAAAUUUUAAAGGUUUCCAGCUGAUAAAAUAUGCUGACAGCAGUGGUUAACGGGCAAUUCUAUAGAGCUCCGGACCCCACGUGACUCUCAGUUAGUGGACGCCAUUUUGGCAUGCAAAAAAGGUAAACAAACACGGAUGUAACCAUGAACAUGAACGGGAUCCGCUUGGAUUUUACUUCGUCGGAGUUUACUUCACACUUUAAAACAGAAGAAAUCGUUUUAUAUAGUCAGAAAUUAAAUAGACUAAACAUCUCCGACCCUUACCGUGCCCCUGGGAUACUUUUUAAAAAUGCCAGAAGCUGUCGGAGCGGAUUUCUUACCGGCACAACACCGGACCUGACCGGGGAACCCCUUGGGAUUCCCCCGGCCGGAGGAGCUGGGGAGAGGUCUGGGACUCUCGACUCUACUGCCCGCUCCGACGCCAGAAGCUGUCGGAGCGGGCUUCUUACCGGCACAACAGCGGACCUGACCGGGGAACCCCUUGGGAUUUACCCAGAGGAGCUGGCUCCGGCGGCUGGGGAGAGGGAAGUCACGCUACUGCCCCCGCAACCCGACUCCGGAUACGCGGAUGAAAAUGGAUGGAUGGACGGACAAAUAACAGAUUUACACGUAAGUAGUCUCGGUGAGACAGAUAAUAGCAAUCCAAAGUGCUUUUUAAGUGUGAUCUGACAAUUGAUCAACCAUUGCUUAAAAAUUAAAUACAGCUUAGCCGGUUAAUUGCUGUCAUCAUAAAACACGUAAACGGCAGCACGCAGAAACACGAGGCAACG